AUGUACCGCGAUCCAAAAACCGGCUUCGCAACCCGCGCUCCCUACAGCGAAGGCGGCGAAAUCAUCAUCUCCGUCCCCGACGAAUCCGCCUUCCAGGGCUACUGGAAGAACCCCGACGCGACAGCCAAGAAGUUCGUCCGGGACGUUUUCAAGAAAGGCGACAUCUAUUAUCGCACCGGCGACGCCCUGCGCCGCACAGAUGACGGCCACUGGCACUUCCUCGACCGUCUCGGCGACACAUUCCGCUGGAAAUCCGAGAACGUGUCCACCGCAGAAGUAGCGACCGUGCUGGGCGAAUACCCCGGUGUCGCGGAGGCAAACGUCUACGGCGUCUCCGUCCCCACCCACGAAGGCCGUGCUGGCUGUGCGGCUAUCCUCAUCGAGCCCGACCAGCGGGCCAACUUCGACUUUGCCGCUCUUGUCCGCUAUGCGCGCGAAAGGCUGCCCAAGUAUGCGGUGCCGGUGUUCCUGCGCCUCGUUGAAGCUUCCAACCAUACCCACAACCAGAAGCAGAACAAGGUUCCCCUGCGAGAUGAGGGUGUUGAUCCUGAUAAAGUAGGGACGAAGGUUUCUGAAGGGAGGGAUGACCAGUUCUUGUGGCUUCUUCCGCAGAAUGAUACGUACGUGGAGUUUGGGCGGAGGGAAUGGGACGCCCUUGUCAACGCGCGUGUUAAACUAUGA